UAAAAGAGCCAUACAUAAUUUCCACGUGACCAAUAAGGAAAUUCCUACAGUUAAAAAACUAUUAGUUAAAUUGAGGCAGUCAGCGCAAAGGUGGCCUAACCCACAUUUUUUUUUAUUAUAAUCUAACUCUCGCAUACGAUUGCAAAUUGAUAAAACUUUAACACAAAAAUGGCCUAACUUUGAUUUGCUAUUUUCAUAAUAGAUGGCGUUACAAAAUUCUUUUCUGCAAUGUUUUUUUUUCAUCCAACCAUAAUGCACAAGUGGCCUAAGCCGGUUGGGCCAUUUUUGCAUCUAGCAACAUUCUUAAUUUGGCGGGUUAGGUUGUUUGAGUAGAACAGUAUUAAAGUAAUGUCAAACUCACUCUCUCACUCACAAGUGUCAAAACUUUUUCGAUAUUUGGCGGGACUUCGACUCAAUUGUUUUUAUUAUGAAUAUUACAAUUUUAUUAAGAAAUUGCUAAUAUAAUUGCUGAAAUUAGUAACCUAUUAUUGUUUGAAGCUGUAAUCAGAAUGGACGAUAUUGAAAAUAACAUGCGGAGUAAGUAUAUUUUAUAGCAUAACAAUGUUAGUUUCUUUUUGCAAUUGGUAUUAUCGUUUUUUAUGAGAAUAUAUACUAAUAGAAUAGUGGUAUUUUAGGUAUGUUCAGCGAUUAUGAAGACUCUGGUUCAGAGUACCUGCCAAGUCAACCACCUAGCCCGCCUUCUUCACCGAACUUGGAGGCAAUUUUGAAUUGUGAUUCUCCAUCAGAAAGUUCAACUAAGACAUCAAAGAAGAGAUUAAGAAAACAUGAAAAGUGGGUCCGUAAUUUGAAGAAAGCGAAGAGAGCAAAAGGACAAGAAUAUUUAAACUACAAGGGAGUCACGGUGCCUGCUAAAACGCCUAAGGUAGGAUUGUGUGCAUGUCAAAAUAAAUGUAAUUUUAAAAUAAAUGUUGAGCAACAAAGAAAACUAUUUAAAGAAUUUUAUGAUUUGGCAAAUUUUGACUUGCAAACAUCCUAUAUGUUUUCACUUAUUAAAGUAGUUUCUAAGUCUCGUACCUAUACGACAAAUGAAAAUUCAAGAAGGCAAAAUACAAGGCACUACUACCUUUCUGAUUGUGAUGGGAAAGAGGUUUUAGUGUGUAAAAGCUUUUUUAAAAAUACUUAUGCGGUUUCCGAUGGAAGAAUAAAUAGAUUAUUAAAAAAUAAAGCUUCCGUAUCUACACCUCCAUUAGAUAGAAGAGGUCACUCUGUUUCUGCUAAUAAAACUCCUGACAAUAAAAUACAACAAAUAAAAGAAUUUAUCAACUCUAUCCCCUCAUAUGAGUCUCAUUAUUCUUUACAUAAGUCAGUAAACCGUAAAUAUUUAGCACCAGAUUUAAAUUUAAGUAUUCUUUAUUCCCUUUAUACUGAAAAGGUUUCAAAUCCUACAUCAAAAUUCAUUUUUAGUAAAGUAUUUAAUGAGGAGUUCAAUUUGAGUUUUCAUGCACCAAUUACUGAUUCUUGUAAGAGGUGUGAUGCAUUUGCUAUUAAAUUAAAAGCUUGUACUAAUGAAGUAGAAAAAGUAAGAUUAGAACAAGAUCAAAAAUUACAUCUGCUAAAAGCUGAGGUAGCUAGAGAAGGGGUCAAGAAGGAUGUAGAGUUAUAUAAAGAAGACGAAGAUGUCUGCAUAAUAUCUUUUGAUCUAAUGAAAACCCUUCCAACCCCUGUUAUCAGCACAGGCAUAUGUUAUUAUAAACGACAACUCUGGACAUACUGCCUUGGGAUACAUAACAUGAAAAAUGAUGAUGUGUUUAUGUUUACAUGGGAUGAAAGUGUAGCAUCACGUGGGCCCCAAGAAAUAGCAUCCUGCAUAUUAUACUUUCUCAAACAUAUUGUAAAAUGUAAACAUCUCAUUAUGUUCUCAGAUCAAUGUGGCGGCCAAAACCGCAAUAUUAAGAUGGCCCUUUUCUGCCAAUACAUUGUUUCUAGUUCGGAAUACACUACAAUUAAAAUUGACCAAUAA